ACGGAAAUGUGAACUUGUGUGUCAUGAUGGGGGUACCAGGUCAAUACUCGGUUUGCUGCUGUGUCUGAAGGCUGCACCUGCUGAACUACAACAUGCAAAGAAAUCCACGCUCUGACAAUAUAGCAUCUCAGCAGAAUCACACGUCAUCUAAUAAAUUUGAGGCCCUUGGAUGCCAUGAGCAGCUGGAUCCAAAGGACAGCCAGGACUCCGAGGACCCCAGAGAAUACUGCUAUGGUGGAUACCACCCUGUCCAUAUAGGUGACACCUUCAACAGACGAUAUCAGGUGCUGUCUAAGUUAGGCUGGGGUUUUUUCUCCACCGUCUGGCUAUGUCAGGACCUCAGGCUGGGUCGACGCGUUGCUGUGAAGGUGCUGAAGAGCGGUGAUGGUUUCACCCAGGCAGGACAGGAUGAACUUGCUCUCCUACGAUGCGCAACCAGUCCUACGAGCCGCCGUCCCUCUAGUCAAAGGAUCGUUCAGUUGCUCGAUGAGUUCAAGCUGGCCGGGGUCAAUGGGGUCCACAUGUGUCUGGUGUUGGAGCUGUUGGGGCCCGACCUGAGAAGCUUGCAGCUAUGUUUUGGGAAUCCAGGCCUGGCGCAGCGGUCUGUCAAACAAAUACUGACUCAGAUUCUGCAGGGCCUGGAAUAUCUUCACACACAGUGUAAAAUCAUCCACACAGACAUCAAGCCUGAGAACAUCCUGCUGUGUCUGGAGGAGCAGUCCCACAAAGCACCAAUAGGGGAGAGCAGCUCCUCCUCUGUGCUCAAUGGGAAAGAGGAAAAAGGGCAGAUUAACUCCUACAGCUUAAAGGACAUUACAGUGAAGAUUGCAGACCUAGGAAGCUCCUGCUGGGUGUACAAACAUUUCUGUGAGGAGAUUCAGACCCGUCAGUACCGCUCACUGGAGGUUUUACUGGGAUCUGAGUAUGGCCCGCCUGCUGACAUCUGGAGUGUUGCCUGCAUGGCCUUUGAGCUGUUCACUGGAGAUUCCCUGUUUGAGCCCAAAGCUGGGGAGUCCAUUUCUCUGGAGGAAGACCAUAUAGCCCAGAUCAUGGAGCUGCUUGGUCAAAUCCCACCAGUUGUUGCCUUGUCGGGUAAAUACUCUGCAGAGUACUUCAGCCCCAGAGGAAAUCUUCGUUGUGUGGGCCCAUUGAAGGUCUGGAGACCCUACGAUGUUCUGGUGCAGAAAUACCACUUCCUGUCGGAGGAUGCAGCUGGUUUCUCAAACUUCCUUCUUCGCAUGUUGGACUACCAUCCAGAGAGGAGAGCCACCGCUACACAGUGUCUCCAACACCCUUGGCUGAGUUCCAGUUAGCUUUUUAAAGGCUAUCUGCAGUCCUCACAGCAAGAUUCUAUCAGCAGAACCAUUUGGAAGUGUGUAUUUCACUGAGUGUGAUUUGUGAAUUGUUGGUUAAUGUGGCGCAUAUCUCACCUGAAGCCCCCUUACGCACUUUGUGCUGCUAUGGCGCUUUUAUACUUUUCUAGUGCAAGUCUUUACCUGGCAGACCUUAGCAUCUCUUCAAAAUAUAAUUUGAUUCGGAUGUUCUCUGGCUUCACGGACAGGCCUGAAACUGCUAGCAAGUGAAGUAAGCAAUCUGAUGUAAACGCUAUUCUGUGCUAUUGAAUAUUAAUUAUUUAAAAAAUCUAAACUGUAUAAUUCUCAUGACAUUUCAAAUGGUGUAUAGUAUACUCUAAGGUUGCAUUUAUUCUCUAAUAAAGUCUAAUAAAGAACCCAAUUACAAUCAGAUACAUACAAUCUUCUUUAUUAAUAUAACUCUAUCACACAUGGUCGAACAGGGUCUUUACAAUUGUACAAUAUAUAACACUCACACAAUUUGGAUAGGAAAGAUAAGAAGAACAAUGAUGUUACAAAUAAACUGAUUAGGGACCCUUUAUCUUAAUUAUUCAAGUGUGACUUUCAAUUCCAUAUGUCCAAACCUGUUUGUUUAUAGAGCCUCCUGCUGGUGUAAAAGGAAAGAUCCUAGUAAUAAAUGUAAACCAAAAGCAGGCCAAUGUAGGAAUACUCCACAUGUUUCUCUGAGCUUGUUUUAUGGUGUUUAUGGUGACAUGUGGAUGUCUGUUUUGUCCUCCUGUUAUAGUCAUGUCCCAAAGACCCUAUACGUAUAAAACAUUUAUCCUGCAUUUGCCAUGAUUUGUUCUUCAUAGUAUUAACUGUGUUCAAAUCAAUGUUCCAAACAGCUUUUAAUAGGUGAAAAUGUAUUAUGCUGCCCAAAUCAAUAUUUUGUCUUUAAAGUGAAAUCAAAUGAUUGUAAUUUCAAAAGGUUUGCACAUAAUUACAUAUCUCUACAGAAUAGUUUUGUCUUUUUGCAAUCAGAUGGGCCGCAUGCCCAGCAGCAAACAACAUUAGCAACUAGCAGAUUAACAAAAAAAGGUACUUAUUAAACAUAUUCAUGUUGCCAGAA